AAUGUUUCAUCUGUCAUUUAAAUUUUAAUUUUUUCAAGUUCAUGGUUUUGUUUUGGUAGUCGUGGCGACUGUUUUUUUUUAGGUGAAACUUAUCCUGUACUUCAAGUCUCGUUGAAGUAAAACUGUUAACGAUCCUCACUUAAUUUAAAAUGUUGAAACUAGUCCCGCUAUUAGUGUUUUUUAUUUCUAUCAGUUGUAUAUCGUCCGUUAGCUCUCAGGAUGGGGAUUCUUGUCAAACAUACGCCGGGGGCACCGUGUAUCCUCACAUGUUCAACCCAGCGCAGACGGAUCAUAAAUUACAAUACACUAAAGCAGUCAUCUCAAAACCUGCACCAUUUUGGGAGAGCACUGCGGUUUUUAAUGGAAAGUUUAUUCAACUGAAGUCUACAGAUUACUUAGGGAAAUACUUGGUGUUUUUCUUCUAUCCACUAGAUUUCACAUUUGUAUGUCCAACUGAAAUCCUAGCGUUCAGUGAUAGAAUUGAGGAAUUUAGGAAAAUCAACACAGAAGUAGUUGCAUGCUCAGUUGAUUCACAAUUUACACAUUUAGCAUGGAUCAACACACCAAGAAAAGAAGGAGGUUUAGGCAAUGUCAAUUUCCCUCUGCUGUCUGACUUAAAUCACAAAAUAUCUAAAGAUUAUGGAGUAUUUCUAGAUGACUUAGGCCACACACUGAGGGGUUUGUUCAUAAUAGAUCCAAAAGGCAUAGUAAGGCAAAUCACAAUGAAUGACUUACCAGUAGGCAGAAGUGUAGAUGAGACCAUAAGAUUAGUACAGGCUUUUCAAUAUACUGACACACAUGGAGAAGUAUGCCCUGCAGAGUGGAAACCUGGAAAGGACACUAUUAUUCCUAACCCAACAGAGAAAAAGAAAUAUUUUCAGAAACAACAGCAGGAGUUGUAAUAGGAUGUGUGAGCAUGUUUCACAUAUUUUCAUAGACUUUUUUCCAGGUUUAAUAUCUGAGAUUUACUUCUCUUUGAUACUAGUUCAUUAUCAACCUUAUUGUUUUGCUCAGGUGCUUCAAUUUUAACAUGUUGCAGGUUUACCAUUCAUAUUUGUGUUUUUCUACAUCACAUAAAACUUUAUAAUUUACAAUUGACUAUAAUCAGUUAUCAGUAUGAUUAGGAAACUGUUGAAAAAAAAAACUCGUCUAUAAUUCCAAAGCCAUGUGUUAUUUAAAAAGGCUGAAUUGUAAUCACAUAUAAAACAUAUAUGUAUGCUUUCAGAAAUUGUACAUUCCUUUAAAACAAAUAUGUUUUCCAUGUAAUGCUAUGCUAUAAAAAGACAUCACAAACUUGUAAAUAAUUCAUAUGGAAACUGUUUUUAAAUAAAUGAUAAACUACUUAAAUUUAAAUGUCUCAUAUUCUAAUUUUUAUAGCUGUA